AUGCUCCUUCACAAUCCCGGCGGUCCAGGUGUGUCUGGAAUAGAAUCCGUCUUCGCAUCAGCAAGUUACCUCUCGUCGGUUCCGGGAUCCGGUUUCGACAUUGUCGCUUGGGAACCCAGAGGACUGGGAUUUUCUGAGCCGAUCACGAAUUGUAGUUCCACCAUCCACAUACCCGGCAUCCAAAAAAGAGAUAGAGCGCCGGGCCAGGAUCUCCCUGAUAGCUUUUUUGAGGAGGUUAUUAGAGUGGCAAAGGGGUUUGGUGCGGUGUGUCAAGACAAAACAGGUGGUGAGAAGGACGCAGGGCCGCAUAUGAAUACCAUCGUCCUUGUUAGGGAUAUGAUCAGUGUUCUUGAUGCUUUUGCUAGGAGCGAGGAUGGGAAAAGAGUCAAACACCCUGAGUUAUUGAAUUAUUGGGGUUUCAGUUAUGGGACCGUGGUUGGACAGAUGUUCGCCUCGAUGUUUCCGGAUAGGAUUGGAAGGGUGGUUUUAGAUGGGGUUGUCGAUGCCGAUGAUUGGAUGAGUGGGAACAUUCUGAGGGCGGGGACGUUGACUGAUGAUGUUUUCCUGGCGUUUUUCGAGUAUUGUUAUCUUGCAGGUCCUAAGAUGUGUUCUUACUAUUCCGGAUCCAGCGCUGGCGAUAUGCUCAAGCGCUUCGAAAGAACGGUGAGACGAUUUGAUGUCAAAACUGCUACUCGGCAGAACCGGGCAAAUUCCUCAGCGUUAAUUUUGGGGUUGGAAGGACUUAAGGUCCUUGCGAGACCGAAACUUUACACCCCAACUGCCACGUUCUCGCAACUUGCCGAUUUACUCGUCAUCUAUGAGCAGAUAUCGAGGAAUAUAUCCCUGGAUGCUAUUAUUCAGAUGGAAAAACGGAUUGGCCAGAAUAUCGACCUUGUUGCGAAUGCAGCCGAUGAAUCACUCCGUACGAUUUCCUGUACAGAUUCAAGGCACCGUCUUUACAAUCACACUCUUCAAGAUAUGAAACCGAAUAUCAGGACUCUUCAACAGCAGAGUUUUUUGUUCGGGGAUUGGGUCUCUGCAGAAAGUGCGAAUUGUAUUGGCUGGUCGAUCGAAGCAGCGGAGAAAUUUGAAGGUAUGCACAUUACUUUUCUCUAUAAUGCGCUGCUUGUUGCUUUUGGGAAGAGGUAAUAAACACAAGUAGGAACUUUCGGUGGCCACACCAGAAACCCGAUUUUGUUCGUUAGUAACACACUCGAUCCUGCUACUCCAAUCCACAAGCAAGUUGCUCUCACUGACCUGGAUCACAAUAUCACUAACAGAUAUCAGUGGUGAAAGAAGUACGCAUCUCUUCCAGAAGGCUGAACACCUCGUUCGUUAUCGAAGGGCUAGGGGCAAGUAA